AUGAUAGUCAAACAUUUUUUAUACUAUGAAAAUUAUACAAAUUCAAUAAAAAAUACUAAAAUAAGAAAUAUUCUAUCAAUUGAAAGUUUAUUAAUAGCUGAUGUAUGGGAAACAUUAUUACGUACAAUAAAUUGUAUGUUAAGUUCAACAAAUAAAACACAUGAUAAAUUCCAAGUAUUUCGACAAGGAAAAUUUUAUAAUGGUUUAACACCAGGUCAAAAAAUAAAUUAUACUUUUGAUGUUUAUUGUGUGACAAGAAAUAAUAUGCCUGAAAGUAUUGGAUUUUUUCGAGCAUCAACAACACUCAAGGUUGCUGAUGAUGUGUCAUAUCGUUUUCGUAUGUCUUAUGAUAAUCGAACACGUUUAGUUGUAACAAUAUUUGAUGAAUCAUUUAUGACGUUAAAAAAGAAUCGUAAUGAUAGUUUAACUGAAAAAACAAUUCCACAUGGUACUAUUCUUGAUACAUCAAAUGUCGAAGGUUAUUGUGUUGAUUUAGCUUAUACUAUAUGUCAUGAGAGAUUAAAAUUACCUUAG